AUGAAGUUCCUUUGCCUUCAUGGUGCCAUUGGCAAUGUUGAUAAUAUUGGUAUUCAGCUGGCACCAUUGCAGAAAGACUUGGAAGCAGACAACACUGCUUCAUUCCAUUACAUCAAUGCGCCUGUGAAGAUCACACCUCCAGAAGGCUUCGAAGAAUAUUUCGGCGUUGGUCCCCAUUUCCGCUGGGCCGAUGAUGGAGGUGCUGCCGAGGACUCGAUGAUCAGCCGAGUCCGCAAGAUCCCCGAUGGUCAAAAUCCCGAAGAUGUGAUGCGCGAACUAAUCGGCGAUCGCAACGUCGUUUGGCUGAAUUACGAGGAGGUGAUGGCGUAUCUCUACGACACGAUGGAGAAGGAUCCCGAGAUUCAAGGGAUCAUUGGAUAUAGCGAGGGAGCCUCCAUUGCCGCUACUUUGAUUGUCGAUGAGCAGAAGCGUGCACGAGCAACGGGUCGCCUGCGACAGAUCAAAUGCGCCAUGUUCUUCACUGGGUGGCCUCCAAUGCAUCCAGUAGACGGGGUUCUUCUGGCGGAUGAGUGUGAUGUGAUGAUUGAUUUACCCAGUCUACACGUUAUUGGGGCAAAUGAUCCUUUCCGCCACGGUGCAUACGCCUUAUACAACGUUUGCGACCCUGAUACGGCACAGUUCUUUGACACAGGCAAAGGACACACCAUUCCACGUUCCGGUCUCGUCAUUCAUGAGCUCGGGGAUGCGGUUCGAGGCUUGAUUGAAAAGGCUUUGAGUCCAGAGGAAUAUUAG